AUGGUGAACGUCGAUUCAGAAGAAGGCGAGUACGCAAAGCCUGUUGAUAUUGAACACAGCGGUAGGGCGAAUUACUACAAGACUACACAGUCGCUGAACGGUAUGAUGAACAGCUACAUGACUCUGGCCGAUGCCAAAUUCGUGCUACUCCGUGAUCAUCCACCAACGGCGCUAUACAAGAUGCUUUUCUCCAUACCCCAUCUGCUGACAGUCAGCUUGUUGGCCUCUGCCGUACCGGAUGCAUUGGCAUACUCCACUGGCAAACCAGAGAAGUUCCGCACGGUCGUCACUACCGAUAUGGAACAGGAUGACCUGGCAUCACUCGUCCGAUAUGUACUAUAUACCAACGAGCUCGACACGGAAGGCAUCAUCUACACCUCCAGCAAAUAUCACUGGGCAGGUGACGGCAAAGGUACAAAGUUUUUCUUGCCCGACCGCGAAUACAACACUUCUCAGACGUCGUGGCGCUGGACGGGAACUCGGACGAUACAAGACAAGCUCUUGAAGGCUUACGCCGAAAUAUAUCCCAAUUUGCGGGCCCACGAUUCGGCCUAUCCUACGCCAAAGGAUCUGCUGUCCAAAGUCAAGAUGGGUAACAUUGUCUUUGAGGGAGAGAUGGACGAAGAUACGGAUGGCUCCAACCUCAUUCGAUCGUUGCUCCUCGACAACGACCGACGAACGCUCUACCUCCAGGCCUGGGGCGGAACCAACACCAUUGCCCGCGCCCUCAAGUCCAUCGAAGACAGGUACGCCAGCUCAAAGAAAUGGCCACAUAUCAAAUCCUCCAUCUCUCAAAAGACCGUCAUCCUCGCCAGCGGCUUCCAAGACCAAACCUACGCCGACUACAUCGCCCCCAACUGGCCUUCCAUCCGCGUCGAAGACUUCCAAACCGCCUACAACACUUGGGGCUUCAACUGCAACAAAGGCCAAGGCAACGUCCGCGGUCUCCCCGACGCCCAUGAGUAUUUCACAGGUGCCUGGAUCAAAGCUAACAUUCAGACCGGCCCGCUGGGAAGCCUGUACCGCUCGUGGCUUGACGGGCAGCAUACGGACGGCGACCAGCUCGACGUUUUCGGUAACUACACACAGGCUUCUGCGCCGAGCACGUGGUGCAAGCCGCUCGGACCGUAUGAUUUCCUGUCUGAGGGUGACAAUGUGGCGUUCAACCCGCUGUUGACGACGGGUAUUCAGGAGCCUGGUAAGCCGGCGCUUGGUGGUUGGGGUGGGCGGUCUUUCCUUAAUAGCUCCAUGCCGGAGCAUUGGCAGUUGGUCAGCACAGAGAAGGCAGAUAAUGGGAGUGAGGUCAAGGACUGGACGACGAACCGCUGGAUUGCGGCUGCGUCGAACGACUUCGCGGCGAGGAUGCAGUGGGGGCUUACGUCGAAGUAUCGCGAGGGGAAUCAUGCGCCUUCGGUGAAGAUUCGGAAUGGUGGGGAGGUGAAGGCGAGGGCUGGAUCGACUGUUAAGCUGUCUGCUCGUGUUAGUGACCCGGACCGGGACCAGGUUACUGUGUCUUGGUGGCAGUAUCUUGAGGAGGGGACGUAUCCGGGUGAGGUUGAGGUCUCAAGCAACAAGCACAAUGGCGCGAGUGUAAAGGUGCCUAAGGAUGCGCAUUCUGGGCAGACUGUCUCCGUAAUCGUGCAGGCGACUGAUGAUGGAGAGUUUCCGUUGACGCGGUACGAUCGUGUGAUUAUUAGCGUUAAAUAG